CAGUCAUCAGUCAUGUCCAUCUCGUUCCCCCUCCUCCUCCUCCUCCUUCUUUUGUCCAUCCUCACCUUCUCCGACGAUCCAACCACCUUAAUCUACUCUACCUGCUCCAAAUCCCAAUACCCUCCGAACUCCCCUUACCAGCUCAACCUCAACUCACUACUCUCCUCUCUCUCCGCCGCCUCCUCUUUCUCCCUCUACUCCCAAUUCACCACUUCCUCCCCUUCCAUCUCCGGCCUCUUCCAAUGCCACGGCGACCUCUCCCUCUCCCGCUGCUCCUCUUGCAUCCACUCCGCCAUCCCCCGCCUCUUCUCCCUCUGCUCCUCUUCAUCCUCCGCCGCCGCCGCCGCCGCCGCCGCCGCGGCCUCUAUCCAGCUUCGCGGCUGCUACCUUCGGUACGGAAACGACACAUUCCUCGGUCAUACGGACACUAACCUCCGAUACAAGACGUGUUCGACGGGGGGGAAUGGCGGCGGGGAUGAGUUUCUGGCGGCAAGGGAUGAGGCUUUUGCGGCGGUGGCUGCGGCGCCGGCCACGGGGAGUUCGUACAGGGUGGCGUCGGCGGGGUCGGUGCGGGCGGAGGCGCAGUGUACGGGGGAUCUUAAUUUGAGGGAUUGCAGUGAUUGCGUUUUGGCAGCGGCCACGCAGGUCAAGGUUUCAUGUAGCGGAGCCGCCGCCGGAGAGGUUUAUCUCGGGAAGUGUUAUAUCUGGUACUCCGGCGGUGGAGAGCUUCCCUACGGCGCUGGAGGCGGAGAGGUGUCCGGCGGCGGUAAUAACGAUGAUGAGGUUGAGAAGACAAUAGCUAUCAUGGUUGGAAUCAUUGCAGUCAUAAUAUUCAUUGCCAUAUGCCUUUACUAUGUGAGAAAAAAGGCAAAGGGUAAGCAGUGAAUAUACAUAGGAAGAGCACCUUUGCUUUGCUAUUGGUUUUAUUCCUUUGCAGCAGGUUUCAUUCAAUUCUCUAUUAAAUUUUAGCAUUUGAGUCCCCAUUUUUCAAGAAUUUGCAAAAGGAAAGGGGAUAUUAGCAAUUUUUUAUUUUGGGUGGGGGAUUUUUAUGUAUAAUUAGAAUUGCUUUGUAAUUUAUUUCACAUUAUUAAAAAGAAGGGUGGACGA